AUGGGCUUUGAUCACUUUGGGACCGAUUCAAUUGGGCUUGAGAGACACACUAACACAUACAUACACUCGGUCAUAAGUCUACUCAAACAGUACGACAGAGCACUGCUGUUUGAUGAGAUCAAAGAAAAGACACGUAUCGAUCUGUACAACAACCAUAAUCUUUUGCAGCUGAUAAAGAAGAACCCAAGGAUAGUUUCCACACAGAACUCACUGAUGUUUAAGCCUCUGUAUUCAAUUAGAGAAGUGGAUGAUAUGAGAAAGGUUGUGAAGAGUCUUAACGGAGAAGAAGGGCUUGAGAUGAGCAAGCUGAUGGAUUCUCCAGUUGAUGUCUCGCCUUUUCUUGAGGAGCUGAAGGCAACGAAGGAAGUGAUUGUUCUAUGUGACAUGGAUGGCUCAGAAAUAGUGUUCUGGAACGAAUUGUUUGAGGAGCCUGCUGAUGCGCAGAUAAAGAGCUUGUGGAAUCAGGUGCGAGUAGGCACUUAUCAUGACCUAAUACAAGAGCUGAAUACGGCAGGAUUGAAAACUGAAAAGGCUGAAAACAUCAAGAAAAGAUCAAUGAUAAAGAUAAACAGAGGCAAGAGAAACAAACGAAGGAUUAGGAUAACCAACACACAUGUAAAAGGAUUGGACCUUAGUGGAAUUCAAGACGAUGUCUAG